GUUUCCAGUUAUUAGAAAAAUAUCUGUGCAUGUCACAAACUUGACAGUGAUCAAAGCACUGAAGAACUUAUUCUCUGAAUAUGGAGUUUACAGCUCAAAACAUUUUGCAGCGUUCACUUCAAACUUAUAAAUUGCAUGCACUAGAAAUAUAAGAAAUAUGGAGUCAGUGAGCGAGCGGCGAAUGCGAUAUGGCAAGCAGAGCCUCAUGUUCUUAGCCACGAGCUUCGGCUACAUCUCCGUCGGAAUGUCGCUCACGUGGCCGAACGCCUUUGCCUCUGACGUCAGAGUAAACAACAGCACCUUCUUCGGGACGGAAAUCGCGUGCUCUGAUUGGCAGAUGGAUAUGGUAGGCAGCAUGAUCUUCCUGGGCUCCCUCCCCGGCUUCCUCUUCGCCGGGUGGCUCGUGCGGGCGCUGGGGAGGCGGUGGUCCAUGGUCGUCGCCUCUCUUCCGGGUCUCCUGGGCGCCCUCCUGAUCUGCCUGGCGCUCAGUAUCGAAAUGGUCCUCGUCGGGAGGUUCCUCGAGGGCGCGAUGUUCGGGAUGAUGGGCGUGGCGGCGAGGACCUACAUCGUGGAGAUCGCCGACACCGAGAUCCGCGGGUCGGCGUCGGUCGUGGUCAACCUGAUGAUGCAGGUGGGCAGCGUGUCCGUGCUCGCCCUCGGCAUCCCGCUCAGGUGGUACCAGGUGUCCUUCGUCAGCAUCGGCCUCCUCGCCUGCUACUGCCUCCUGCUGGUUCCUUCCUUGCCCGAGAGCCCCACGUACCUGGUCGUGACGGGCAAGGAAGAGGAAGCGAAGGCCGUCCUCCGUCGCCUGCGGGGCCCGGGAGUCGACAUCUCCAAGCUGCUGCAGAACCUGAAGAAGCAGAACGAGGCCCUCCAGAACACCGUCGGCUGGGGGUUCCUCCUGCAGCGAGACAUCCUGCGGCGGGAGCUGAUCCUCUUCGGGCUGUUCCUGAUCGCGAACUUCACGGGCGUGCAGGUCAUCAAGGCCAACACGGCGAGGAUGCUGGCGUCGUCGGACUUGGCGCUCGACGGCAAGCUCAGCGCCAUCCUCGUCACCUUCGUCCUCUUCGUCGGCAACUUCUUCAUGCUCCUCAUCCUGGACCGCGUGGGGCGUCGCCGGUGCUUGGUGCUCUCCCUCUGCCUGCUGCUGGUCGCCUACGCCGCCCUGGGCACCUUCACGUUCUACAGCCAGCAGGACACGGUGCUCCCAGUCGAAAUAGAGCUCUCUGUGUUCGCAGAUGCCAACUCAACCGUGGAGUAUUUCUACGAGAACCCGCCGGCAGAGACCUCGUGGAGCUGGGUCCCCCUGGCGUGCCUGAUGCUGGCGGCCCUCGGGCAGAGCAUGGGCUCGGGACCCAUCCCCUGGAUCCUCUCGCCCGAGUACUUCCCCACCGCCAUCAGGUCGCAGGCGAUGUGCAUCUGCACCCUGAUGGGCAGCAUACAGGCCUUCGCCAGCCUGCAGCUGUUCAGUCCCAUGCAGAACCUUCUGACGGAGGCCGGUCUCUACUGGACCUACAGCUGCACCGCCGGCGUUGGAAUAGUGUACACGCUGCUUUUCCUUGAGGAGACCAGCGGCGCGUCUGUAGGCUGAACAGCUGAUCGUGAGAAGUAGUUUUGUGAUUGAUAUUCCUUUGCGUGAAUAUAAUUUGGAGAUUUUUAUAUCAUACAGAGGCUUUACGUAUUUAAUUUUGCGUAUCACACACACACACACACACACACACACACACACACACACACACACACACACACACACACACACACACACACACACACACACACACACACACACACUCAC